AUCGUCGAGAACGUGAUGAUGAUGAUCUCUUUUGGCCUUUCUAGCCUACUCCGUUCACUUAUUUCAAAAAAUGGAUUUAAAAAAAUUAAAGUUAUUAUACGAUAUUGGCAAAAAAAAGUGGCAACCCGUAUCAAACCAAAUGUCAAAUGAAAAAACGGAUCCGACCGGACCGCCACAUUUCGUAUAUUGCGCGUAUAUUGCUAAAAAUGAAUAAUAGCAAAGAAAUUUAUGUUUAAAGGUGUAUACAGUGCAUAAAAAUAGUCUUACAAAUUAAAUAGUGUCUUAAGUUCAACAAUGGAGGAUGAAGACUUUCUUCAACCAUCCCAAUUCUCCCGGACACAACAGCGAAGCAACUCGACAAAUCCAUCCCAAAUGGUCACAAGCACCAUGAACUCAUCACCCAGCGGGUCACAAGUCAGGCCGAGCCAGCCGAGCCAGCAGAGCCAGUCGAGCCAAGCCCGCAGUCAGUCAUCAUUUCAGACCGAGCUGUCGCAGAUCCAAGAUGGGCUGAGGUUCCUUACGGAGAGAAUACAACAGCUUUCUGGAGACAGAGGCAUCAAGCGACCAGCAGAACCUAAGCCGAACAUCAAAGAAGAAUGUCAGAUCUGCCACAAACUUUACGCCAACAAGACGACACUCUUCAGACACUACCAAGGUAUUCAUAAGGAGAUGAACCCAGAGAGGUUCCACGGCUGUUCCGUUAACAGCACUGUAGUUAAUCUCGAUGCUUCUUUCAGAGAGACACAAUGUCCUAUCUGUGCGUAUGUAGCUCCCACUCAAAGUGCUCUUGAUGCCCAUAAUAGAACUACUCAUAGCAAUGUAGUUAAUGCAAACGGAAAUAUAGCUCCAACCCAAAAUACUGUUGACGCGCAUAAUACCAAUAACGUGAAUAAUGGUAAUAUUAAAGAUAAAAUGCACAAAUGUGAAGAAUGUGCAUGUUAUUUUGAAGAGAAAAGCAAAUUCGAUGAGCACAUGGAAGUACAACAUGGUUUUGAAGUUGUAUGUAAGAUUUGUAACAAGAAUUUCCUCUUUAAAGACAUUGAUGGACAUGUAAAAGAGAAACAUCCUGAUGUCUAUAACAAGAAACGUAAAGAUAAUGUUGAAAAAAUCAUUGUUGAGAAAGCAAUGAAAAAUAAGAAAGGAAAUAGGGUUCAUGUUUAUAUUUGUACUAAAUGUGAUACUAAAAUGUAUGACAAGAUGGAAGCGGAAAGGCAUGCUAGAGUCCACAAAAAGGGACUUAAAUUAAAACUAGCUCCAAGAAACAAAGUUUUAAAUGCUGAAGAAAGCAUUCCAGUAGUGAACUCGGAUGAUGAUAAUGUUAUUCUUACAUGCACCAGUUGUGAUAUUUCUACAGGUUCAUAUGACGCUGCUGUUGAGCAUUCACAAAACCAUAUAACAAAUAAUGUACAAUUUGUCACACAAAUGUGUGACAUAUGCGAUUUGAAGUUUGAACCAUUAUGCUACAAAAAACACAUUGACUUGCAUUACAGAAACAAAGAAAUACACAGAGAAUCGUUCAAAUAUUUUAAAUACAGAUUCGAAUUCCUAUCCUUUGAAAAUUGGUUCAGUUGUUUUGAUAUGGCUGAGCCUGUAGUGAAAAAAAUUAUAUCUGAAAGCAUAUACGCACACACACGCAGUGUCAAAAUGAGGGUCUUGCGUGAAGGUGCAUACAAACUUUACAAAUGUUGUAAAUGUGAUAAUUUUGUAGACCCGUCCGCUGUGUACAACCAUACUGUGAACUAUGACACUUGUGUGAAAGUUAAGUGUAGUUAUCCGUGCAAAAUCUGUAAAAGGACCUUCAACAAUCGAUUGGCUAUAAAAAACCAUACAAAGAAUCAUAGAAGCGAAGAUGCUUAUAAGAUUGUGUUAUUUAAUCAUAAAAAUGAUAAAGUAUUCAAUGAAGUACUUAAUGUUAAUAAAUUGCAAAAUACUGCCAGUACCAGUAAUGGUAAUCUAUCCAAAGUACUGUAUAAAUGCCUUUGCGGUCUUUGCUUCGUAAGAAAGGAAACUGCUGAUAAACAUAGAAUUAUAUGUCCGGGAAAGAAUACUAAAAAUCCUUGUUUAAAAUGCAACUAUUUCUUUACUCAAGAAGAGUUAGUGGCGCACGCCUUUGAGCAUCAUCAGAUCGGAAUACAAAUUGUUAUUGAAAAUAUUACUCCUGAAGUAAUUGUGGUUGAUUCAGACGAGGAAAUCAUUGAAAUUGAUUCAAGUGAUGAAGACGACGCACAAAAUGAAGGUUUAAACAAUAUUCAGAAUAAAGCUAUAAAAACUGACCAUACAACAACAAUCCAAGGUUCCAAUGAUGGUGAGGCCGAUAAAAUGAAUACAAUAGAGAUGGCAGCAGCUGACGCAGGCGUCGGGAACGAAGAAAAAAUGGCUUUAGAAGCCACUACAUUAAAUGUAGAAAAAACAGAGACAGUUGAAACAGAUGAAGACGAAGAUAGUGACCAACUUGGAGAAACUGAUAAUGAAAUGACCGACGACGAUUCUCAAGACACAAUUUGUUACAAAAAUACAGAAACCUGCUCAGAUGCAGCUAAUCAAGCUCCUGAUAUAAAUAAACAGGGUCAAUUAAAAUUAGUUGCCACUAAUUUAUUAAUAAACCAAUUGUAUAACCCCUAUGAAAAUGGGUUUUUAAAAGUAUGGGACAUAGGUGCAUUAAGCAGAGAAAUAAACAGUGAUAUCGAAAAUGUGAGAGAACAAAUUGAAACAACGAUUGACAAACCAUCUAAUGAAAUUGCUAUUAAAAAAGAGAAAUCUUGGUUGUACGAUCCUACUGACUUUUCUCAUAUUUCUAAAAGACAGUCUUUAAGACAGGAAAUGCGUCCAAGUUGUAGUAAUCUACUAGUUCUUCAGGUGGAAUCACUGUUAACAGAUGAUGAGGAAACAGACAUUAAUCCACAAAAUGAAGAACCAGGACAUAAUGAUAUGCGCAAAGAUCCUGAUAAUAAUGUAUCUAGCAAUGCCUCAACAGUUAUAGACCAGACUAUUAAUGAUGAAGAAGAGAUAGUAAAUGAAAUAUCACAUAUUAAGAAUCGCAAUGAUAAUACACAUAAAACUAUAAACAACAUUGAGGAUAUACGCGACAGAAUUGAAGUCGAUAAUGGAAAGAAUGCCCUAACAGAGUUAAACAAAGAUGACGGUCAUGGGGUUGAUUUGAAUAACACAUCUCGAAUUCUAAAUGAAGAAAUAGAUGAAGGUCAUUACAGUGACGACGAUCUUUUUCUUCCAUCUCUACCACCAGGCAUUGAAAAUCGUGGACACAUAGAGCUUAAUAAUAAUCUAAAAGAAAUUCCUAAAGAUAUGAGUGGAGAACAAGUAUGUAACCAAGUACACUUAUCUAAUGUGAUGAUAGUCAAUGAUACAACUAAUGUUGAAACAGAAAACCCAACUGACACAGAUUCAGACGAGACAGAACACAGUACUAGAUCGGAGAACGAAAAGAAUGAUUCCCUUAAUGCAGACAGCGUUAUAAAUCAAACAGAUAAUGAUAAUGGGAAAGAAGGUGAAAAUGAAAAGAUGGAUUCUAGACCUUCUGUUCUCGAAUACACACGAACAAACAAAAAUAUUGGCGAAAAAGAUAUGGAUUCUAGGCCAUCCGUUCUUGAAUACACACCAAAAACUACUAAUGUUGGUGAAAAAGAUACGGAUUCUAGGUCAUCCGCUACAAGUCAAGUAGUUUCGAGUGAACCUACAGAACACCAAACGAUGGCCACAGAUAAUAUAAUUAAUAUAAAAAGAGAGUUUCAAUAUAUGAACAUAAAAAUAAAAAGAGGAUUAAUUGAUGAAAACGAAAACACUGAAAAUAGCUGUGAUAAAGACGAUCUAGUUCCAAUAAAAAGAGAGCCAAAUUAUAUUUUAGAGAAUUUUAAUAACGAUAAUAAAGAAAAUGACUUGAUUGUUACAGAAAACGUAAAUAAUGAUAAUUAUAAUAAUUGUUGUAUUGUCUAAAAUUGAAGGAAUAAGGGCCACCCCACACUAGCGUAUCUCGAGCGUCGGCGUCUAGUAAACUCUAUGGCUGCUGCUCGACGCAACGUUAGCGCAACUGCGCAGCGACGCCAUUUUCCAUAGCGCUGACUAGACGCCGACGCUCAAAAGACGCUAGUAUGGGCUGGCUCUGUCUUAUU